AUGGAGGAGCGGGCUCAGCUGCUCGGGACGCGGCGGGGCCGUGGCCCCCUCACUCUCCGCAGAGCACUAUUCAUUCUACUCGCUCUCUCCAUAUUCUCAAUAUCAUACAGUCUCUUCUACCUCAGCUACCCGCUUACCAGCUUGAUUCGGAGGGAAUGGCGGCCAGAGCCUUCGAUCCGAUGCCAGGUGCUGACGGGGCUGGGCAGGUCACACGACCACUCCACCUCCGCCAGGCUGAGGAUAGACCCCAAGGUUCUGGUCUUCGUAGAAACCACAUAUUCCCGCCUCGGCAGGGAUAUUGCGGAACUCCUUGUCUACAAUAGGAUAAAGUAUAAGGUAGAAGUGGCUACCAAGUCCCUUCCAGUGCUCACUAACUUGGACAAGGGACGAUAUGGAGUCAUUGUCUUUGAGAAUCUGCAUAAGUACUUGCAAAUGGACAAGUGGAAUAGGGAGCUCCUUGACAAGUACUGUCGAGAAUACAGUGUAGGCAUCAUUGGAUUCUUGCUUGGUACUGAAGAGCGCCAGGUUCACGCACAGUUACGUGGCCUCCCCCUCUUUGUUCACACAAAUCUCAGGCUAAGGGAUGCUGCACUAAAUGCUGGUUCCCCUAUACUAAGACUGACAAGAGCGGGAGAGACAGCAUGGGGAACCCUUCCUGGAGAAGACUGGACUGUAUUCUCUCCUAACCACUCUACCUAUGAGCCUCUAGCAUGGGCGACCAAUCACAGUCACAAUGAAGAAGGAAGGAAUAAGACUCCAUUAGUAACUGCCAUUCAGGAUCAUGGUGGCUUUGAUGGAAUACAAAGAGUAAUGUUUGGAUCUGGACUAAAAUUCUGGCUCCACAGACUUCUGUUCCUUGAUGCACUCUCGUACUUAUCCCAUGGCCAACUGUCAAUCUCUCUUGAGAGGUAUAUUCUUGUUGAUGUGGAUGAUAUUUUUGUUGGGGAAAGAGGAACGCGUCUGAGAAGAGAAGAUGUUAUUGCACUGUUAAGUACUCAACAAAGAAUUCAAGAAAUGGUUCCAGGUUUCAAAUUUAAUCUUGGAUUUUCGGGAAAAUAUUUUCACCACGGUACAUCAGAGGAAAAUUUAGGGGAUGACAUGUUGUUAGAAAACCUUGAUAAAUUCACCUGGUUCAGCCAUAUGUGGAACCAUCAACAGCCACAUCUCUAUGAAAAUCAAACCCAGUUGGAAUAUGACAUGACGUUAAACAGAAAUUUUGCUAAAGAGCAUGGUAUACCUGUGGAUUCGGGUUACUCUGUUGCCCCCCAUCAUUCUGGUGUUUAUCCUGUUCAUGAACUUCUUUACUCUGCUUGGAGACAUGUUUGGGGUAUCAGGGUGACAUCGACUGAAGAAUAUCCACACUUAAGGCCUGCUCGCCUUCGUAGGGGUUUUAUUCACAGAGGAAUCAUGGUUCUUCCUCGCCAAACGUGUGGCCUAUUUACUCAUACAAUUCUAAUUGACCGUUACCCUGGAGGAAGACAAAAAUUAGAUGAGUCUAUUCAAGGAGGAGAAUUGUUCCAGACUGUUGUUUACAAUCCUAUAAAUAUUUUCAUGAGCCACAUGUCAAAUUAUGGUAAUGAUAGGCUUGCUCUCUAUACAUUUGAAUCAGUAAUAAAAUUUUUGAGGUGUUGGACUAACUUGAAAUUACUGAGCGCCCCUCCAUUGACACUUGCUGAAAAAUACUUUAGCCUUUAUCCAGAAGAAGCUGAUCCUGUAUGGGGAAAUCCUUGCCACGAUCCUCGACAUAUAAAAAUUUGGUCUCACAACAAAACUUGUGAACAGUUACCUCGAUUUCUUGUUAUUGGACCUCAGAAGACAGGAACCACUGCCCUUUAUACAUUUCUUCUUAUACAUCCAAACAUCUCCAGCAACAUCAACAGUCCUGAAACCUAUGAAGAAAUACAGUUCUUCAAUGGCAGAAAUUAUUACAGAGGUCUUUCCUGGUACAUGGAUUUCUUUCCUAUUGUUAAAAAUAAUUCAGCUCAGUAUCUCUUUGAAAAAUCGGCUACAUACUUUGAUGGUGAGCUUGUACCAAAAAGGGCUCAUGCUUUGUUACCUCAGGCCAAAUUAGUUACCAUUCUUAUUUCACCAGCAAAGAGAGCUUAUAGUUGGUACCAACACAUGAGGGUCCACAAAGAUCCAAUAGCAUUGAAUUACAGUUUCUAUGAUGUCAUAUCUGCUACUGAUACUGCUCCCAAAGUUCUCAGAGAUCUUAGGAACAGAUGUUUGAAUCCAGGAAAGUAUUCACAGCACUUAGAGCGCUGGCUUCAGUACUAUUCACCACAACAAUUACAUAUUAUAGAUGGUGAGCAAUUACGUUCGAAUCCUAUUGAAGUAAUGGACCACCUUCAAAAGUUUCUUAAAAUCACUCCACUCUAUGACUACUCAUCCCAUCUUAGAUAUGAUAUCAAAAAAGGAUUCUUCUGCCAAGUAAUGUCUCAUGAUCGUACUAAAUGCCUUGGUAAAAGUAAAGGAAGGGCAUAUCCUCAAAUGGAAGAAAGGGCUUACAAAUUACUACAGAGGUACUAUCUUUCACACAACACAGCUUUAGUUAAAUUGCUGAAGAGGUUGGGCCUGAGAUCAGUCCCCCAGUGGCUGAAGGAGGACCUCAGUGAUUUCCUUCCUGCCUGA